AUGAACCACUUUCGAACCUGUACCAGAUCAAUUGGAUACUUGCGCCAUCUCUCAUCGUCUCCGCUCUCACCACCCAAUCCCUUCACUCUCCGCGCUCAUUCACUCACCCUCCGACGCACCAUGGCGUCCGCAAUGGCCAAACGCCUCGAAGGCAAGACAGUUGUCGUGACCGGCGCAUCAUCGGGUAUUGGCAAGGCCACGGCCCAGGAGUUUGCGCGUACGUCGCCCAAGAACCUCAAGCUGAUUCUGACCGCGCGCCGCAUCGAUACCUUGAAGCAGGUCGCGGCGGAGAUCAACGCGGAGGUCGGCAACGGCGUCAAGGUGCUUCCGGUUAAGCUGGAUGUCAGUAAUCCGGAGGAAGUCAAGAACUUUGUUCCUUCGUUGCCGGAUGAGUUCAAGGAGAUUGAUGUCCUGGUCAACAACGCGGGCUUGGUCAAGGGCGUUGCAAAGGCACCUGAAAUCGCUGCCGAGGAUAUGAACAUCAUGUUCAACACCAACGUCACCGGCCUGAUCAACAUGACUCAGGCGAUCCUUCCCAUCUUUCAGAAGAGGCCCGAGGGCGGCCGUGGUGAUAUCAUCAACAUCGGCAGCAUUGCGGGUCGCGAGCCCUACGCCGGCGGUAGCAUCUACUGUGCCACCAAGGCAGCCGUGCGCUCGUUCACGGACUCGCUGCGGAAGGAGCUCAUCGCGUCGCGGAUUCGCAUUAUUGAGAUCGACCCCGGUCAGGUCGAGACGGAGUUCUCCGUUGUCCGCUUCUACGGCGACAAGGCCAAGGCCGAUGCCGUCUACAAGGGCUGUGAGCCCUUGACCGGCGAGGACAUUGCCGAGGUCGUUGUCUUCGCCGCUGGCCGACGGGAGAAUGUCGUGAUCGCCGACACCCUGGUCUUCCCCAGCCACCAGGCGGCUGCUGGUGUUAUGCAUCGCAAGUCCUAA